AAUACGUAAAUACCCUCGGAGGAUUAUUCCCCUACCGAGCAACAUGGAAAAGCACCUCUUAUUCUGAUCAAAGAAACGAAGUGAUUUUGGAAGCCAUGGCGGCGACCGAUGCGAUUGAAGCACCAUUUUCCCCCUCGCAAUCGCCCUCUCAAUUCGGUCAACCACGCCACUUCUAUGUCGCUGUGGACAGGAUCCAAUUCAAGAUGGAGACAUUAGUAGAGCUGUUGGGCGUGGCAGGACACCGCCCUGGCCUGCCUAUGGUGGUCUGCUGUAGCUCGCGCGAUGAGCUUGAUGCUGUCUGUUCCGCAGUCUCCAACCUCCCAUACAUUUCAUUGGCUUCUCUGUACAGUGACCAAUCUGAAGCAGAACGAGCCCUUAUUUUGGAAAAAUUUCAACAAGCGACGGUGAUGUGGAACCAAAAGGUCAUCACUCAGUCCGGUGAUGAUGGUAAAGUUGAAAAAGAUGAGCAGAAAUCUCAUAUGAUAGUCGUAACAGAUGCCUGCCUGCCACUUCUUGCAUCCGGCGAGUCUCCUGUAUCUUCACAUGUUCUGAUUAACUAUGAGUUGCCAACAAAGAAGGAAAUAUAUAUGAGGCGCAUGACAACGAGUUUGGCAGCAGAUGGGAUUGUAAUCAAUAUGGUUGUUGGGGGUGAAGUUGUAAUUCUGAAAAGUGUUGAAGAAAGCAGCAGCGUUGUUAUUGCUGAGAUGCCUAUAAAUAUCUAUGAAAUAUUGUAGAUAUGCUUCUCUUCUACCAUGCCAAUGGACACAUCAUCGAGGACUUCAUCUACUGGACAUUUUUCCACCGAUUGUACUACUUUCACAUGAUUAUGAUACAAACGUGAGUAGCUGUAACAACAUAUAUUGGCAUUUAUUUCAUUAUUUUAGUUAUGGGCCUUUUCUCCUUAAGUUUUUCUUUUUGUGAAUCAAAUGAUUGGUUUGACAA